AUGGAUUAGUUAAUGAGAUAAUUUGGAGGUUAAGGGAACCUAAAUGAUAUUAUGAAUGGUAUUAUGAAUAAUGAAGAAGGAGAUGGAGUGGAAGAAGAGUUGGAUGAAGAAACUCUUAUGUAAAAUUGCAAAAUUACUUACGAUGUAUUCAUAAAAAAUAAUCUAGAAUGCACUUCCCAUUCACUUCAAUGGCUUCCAACAAGAAGCUAAGAUCCAGAUAACUCUUAAUUUUAUGUUCAAAACUUCUUGAUAGGAACUCAUUAUAGUGAGGAUCAUGGGGAUAUGUUCGGUAAUGACUCAAUUCAAAUAGCGUAAAUAAAGGUUCCUAAGUAUGAUUAAAAUCAAAAAUCAGUCAUAGAUUAUACUAAAUUACCUAAAAAUUAAAGCAAAGUGCAAAUUGUAAAGUAGUUUAAUCAUCAAGGAGAAGUUAAUAAGUGCAGAGCAAUGCCUUAAGAUUGGCGUGUAAUUGCUUCUUUAGGUAAUGAUGGGGAUGUAUUUAUUUACAAACAUGAUGAGACUAAUCAAAUAUAAUCAGAUUUCAAAACUCUUACUGGACUUCAAGAUGAGGGAUUUGGAAUUCAAUGGAAUUCUAAACAAUAAGGCUUACUUGCAGCAGCAACUGGAACUUCAGUUUGCAUUUGGGAUGUAGAUAAAUGCGAAAACGGAGCCCCUACUGUAAUCAUUUUGGAUGCACACGAAGAUACUAUUAACGAUCUAAAAUUCUCACCUUUAAAUCAAAACUUAUAUGGUACUGCAUCUGAUGAUCAUCACUUUAAAUUAUGGGAUGUCAGAGCACCUCUAUAAUUCCUUCACUGCUAUAAAGCUUCUGAUGAUGACUUGUUUGUCAUUUCAUUUAACUAUGACAAUGAAUAUGUAUUUGCAACUGGUGGAGAAAAAUCUGGUGCUCUUCAUGUAUGGGAUAUGAGAAUGGCCAAACAUUAUAUUAAUGAUCUUUACCAUCAUAAAGCUUAAGUUAAUUAAAUAGAGUGGAGUCCAACCGAUACUAAUCUCUUUAUGUCAUCAUCGACAGAUGGUAAGCUCUUUGUUUGGGAUCAUUCAAAGACUGGAGAAGAAUAAGCUCGACAUGAUUACGAGGAUGGGCCUCCAGAACUUAUUUUCCCUCAUGAAUAUCAUAAAAAUGGUAUUGAGGAUAUAGCAUGGAGUAUAUUUGAAGAUCAAAAACAUUUUGCUGCAAGUUGUGAUACAGAUGGUUCACUUCAAGUAUGGAAAAUGUCUCAAAAUUUUAUCUUUGAUGAAAUGGACUAUUAUGACUAAUUAGAAUCAAUCAAAAAUGAAGAGGUUGAAUGA